AUGAGUAAACUAUUGGGCAUGGGGAGUGCUCUGGAGACACUGUGUGGACAGGCAUUUGGUGCUGGGCAAAUACAUAUGCUUGGAAUUUACACACAACGGUCUAUGGUUAUUCUAUUGUUUAGUACAUUCCUUCUAUUACCAAUUUAUAUAUUUGCAACUCCGUUACUUAGACUUUUUGGCCAAGAUCAUGAAAUGGCUGUUAUUGCUGGGAAAUUUGCUCUGUUGUCAAUCCCUGAGUUAUUUUCACUGGCAGUUGCUAUUCCGGCCUCGAAAUUUCUGGCUUGUAUUGGUUUUGUGGUUCUUUUACUCCAUGCCUUUCUGCUAUGGUUGUUCAUAUAUGUAUUCAACUUGGGCAUAAACGGGGCAGCGUUAGUCUUUAAUAUCACAGGUUGGGCCAAUGCAAUAGCUCAAUUUGUGUACGUGAUAAUUUGGUGUAAAGAUGGAUGGACGGGAUGGUCUUUGUCGGCAUUGAAUGAGAUUUGGGCAUUUGUUAGACUCUCGAUCGCCUCAGCUGUUAUGUUAUGCCUUGAAACCUGGUACAUGAUGAGUAUUAUUGUCCUCACCGGACAUCUCAAGGAUGCGGUUAUUGCUGUUGGAUCCCUCUCUAUUUGCAUGAAUAUUGAUGGAUGGGAAGUAAUGUUGUUCAUUGGAAUCAAUGCUGCCAUAAGUGUUCGCGUCUCAAAUGAGCUCGGGCAAGGGCACCCCAGGGCUACGAAAUAUAGUGUAUAUAUCACAAUGUUCCAAUCACUCCUCAUUGGAAUACUCUGCAUGAUAUCAGUACUGGUAGUAAGAAAUCAUCUAUCCGUUCUUUUCACAAAUAGCAAGGAUCUGCAACGAGCCGUUGCUGACCUUGCUUGGCUUCUCGGAAUAACCAUGGUUCUUAAUAGUGUUCAGCCUGUAAUAUCAGGUGUUGCUAUUGGAGGUGGAUGGCAAAGUUCAGUGGCUUAUAUCAAUUUGGGAUGCUACUACGUUUUUGGUAUUCCUCUUGGAUGUGCGCUUGGUUAUGUCGCUAACUUUGGCGUCGUGGUAAAUAACCACUUUGUUUUAAUAUCUCACAAUGCAACUUUUUUUUACUUUGACAGAAACUUUUACCUAGCAGGGUCUAUGGGGAGGAAUGAUAGCAGGACUUGCCUUGCAAACACUGAUACUUUCAUUCGUAAUCUAUAGAAUUGAU